CUCCCGCUUUCUGGAUUUAGGACUACAACUCCCAGGCGCCUUUGCGGCGCAUUAGCCCUCCCCCCUAUUUCCAUCCCAUAAGCCCAGGUAACCGCGUUGCAUUGUGGGAUAACGACAUCAAAAUGGACAACUCCCGGGAUGCUCCAGGAAAAGCUAGCAGAUGGUUUGGCGUUACGCCAUCUAAAUCUGUGAAGAUGAAUAUGAAUAUCCUUCAUCAAGAAGAAUUGAUAGCACAAAAAAAGAAAGAAAUUGAGGCCAAAAUGGAGCAGCAAGCAAAACGGAAUCACUUGGCCAGCCAACAACCCCCUCGGCUCAAUGAAGAUGAAAGUUGUGAAAGCGAAGCCUCUGUUUCAAACAAAUUUGCCAACGACGGCAGCUUUCUCCAGCAGUUUCUUAAGCUGCAGAAGGAAAAAUCAAGUACUGAAACUUCGCCAAGUUCUGGCAACAUUUCUGCAAACACCUCUGCUUCAAGCACCGGAAAGAAACCCAUCCUGAUCGGGAAACGUUCCAGCUUGGGCACAAGCAGCAUGGUGAACCAAGUGAAGAAUUACUCCCAUUCCAAACAGAUGCCAGUUGCUAACCGCCUCAGUGUGUUUCAGUCACCAGAUGAUGAAGAGGAGGAGGAUUAUGAGCAAUGGUUGGAAAUUAAAAUUUUACCCCCAGAGGAUGCAGAGACCCGGAAAGUGGUGGAAAAGCUGGCUAGGUUCGUGGCCGAAGGGGGACCAGAAUUAGAAAAGGUCGCUAUGGAAGACUACAAGGAUAAUCCAGCAUUUUCAUUUUUACAUGAUAAGAACAGCAGGGAAUUCCUCUACUACAGAAAGAAAGUAGCAGAGAUGAAAAAAGAGAAUCAGAGUUUGCAGACGUCCUCUUGUCAGAAAGUUUCACCCCCAGAGGAGGAAGAGACCAAGAACUUUGCUGAGAAGCUGGCCAGGUUCAUAGCAGACGGGGGUCCAGAGGUGGAAGCUAUUGCCUUGCAGAACAACCGAGAGAACCAUGCUUUCAGGUUUUUAUAUGAACCAAACAGCAAAGGCUACAAGUAUUACCGGCAGAAGCUGGAGGAGUUCCGUAAGGCCAAGAACAACUCCAUAGGGACACCUUUUGUGCCGGAACCCAGCCUGAAACACAAGAGCAUUCCUGAGGCCACACCAUCAUCGUCAUCCUCUCCAGCUUCCUCUAAACAGCCGGCUGCAGCUGCUUCUAAAAAGAGGAGGAAGAGCAGAUGGGGGCCAGAGGAGGAAAAGGUUGACUUGCCCCCCCCAGAGCUUGCCCAGCAGGAGCUGAACUCUUCUCCCUCCCCAUUAUCAGUUCAGGACCUCAAGGGUCUUGGUUAUGAAAAAGGGAAACCGGUUGGACUGGUGGGUGUGACAGAGCUCUCUGAUGCGCAGAAGAAACAGCUGAAGGAGCAGCAGGAGAUGCAGCAGAUGUAUGACAUGAUCAUGAAACACAAGCGAGCCAUGCAGGAAAUGCAGGUGAUGUGGGAAAAGGCGGUUCAGCAGCACCAGCAUGAUUACGACAGCGAUGAGGAGGUAGACAAUGAACUGGGGACAUGGGAACAUCAGCUUCGACGCAUGGAAAUGGACAAGACACGAGAGUGGGCCGAGCAACUGACUCAGAUGGGCAGAGGGAAGCAUUUCAUCGGAGACUUCCUGCCACCUGAUGAGCUGGAGAAAUUCAUGGAGACGUUCAAGGCAUUAAAGGAAGGUCGUGAACCAGAUUAUUCUGAGUACAAGGAAUUCAAACUGACCGUGGAGAAUAUAGGUUACCAAAUGCUGAUGAAGAUGGGCUGGAAGGAGGGUGAUGGGCUUGGCUCCGAUGGACAGGGAAUUAAAAAUCCAGUCAGCAAGGGUACCACUGCAGUGGAUGGAGCUGGGUUUGGGAUUGAUCGUCCCGCCGAGCUAUCAAAGGAAGAUGACGAGUAUGAGGCGUUCCGUAAAAGAAUGAUGUUGGCCUACAGGUUCCGACCCAACCCUUUGAACAAUCCGAGGCGACCUUACUACUGAUAGUGUUUUCAGGACAAAGUAUUUUCAAUACUGUUGUAAUUUUACUGUGAAAUGUUACAAAACUGCAUUAUCAUCCUUUUUUUGCAAAUGUUGUAAAAUCUAUUAAAGUCAGAGUGACAUCUUUCACCCAGAACAAAGGCCUAGAAGCCCCACUCACUGUACACUUGAGUGCCAUGACAACUGCAUCAGAACAAGGCCUGGGAUGGUAUUCAAAAGGAGAAGAGAGCAGGUGAGAACGGAGGUUUUUAUACAGUGCUCUCCUGUGCAGAAGGGGAGCACUAAAGAUACUAAUGGGAAUAGUUCAGGGAUUCCAUUGGUUUAUUGCUCAGUGCCAUGUUACUUGCCAAGAAAUACAUUUUUUGUGGUUUUUGCAUUCACUGCUCAGAUAUGCAGCCUAUGCUGCCUUGGCCGUAGCUUUAUUAAAAAUAUAUAUGAGGCAGCCCCCUUUACCCCAAAAGGUGAGUAUCAGUUAGUUGACUAGCCUUUUCCCCUGAAGUUCUGAGUUCAAAUCCUGUAUUAAGUCCCAAGUAUAAAGAGUCUGGCCUCCAGCUGAAACUGCAUACCCAGUGCCUAUUUGUUUAAUCUCUGCUUGGUAGAAGACACAGUCUUGAGCAAUGCACAGAGCUGCACUGUGGGGGAUUGAGGCCUGCUGGGGAAAUUUGCCGAGUGCCAGUUCCAUCAGUCUCUUACUUUCCUGAACGCUAAAUUCACACACAACUUUCAGCAAAACAAGAGGCCCACCGAUCCUUUCUGUGGAUGUGGGUGGCAGAGAACCAGGCCUUCAAACCUCAGUUAUUAAAGGCCAGUGGAUUUUUAUUGGUCUGUGAAACACCGCUGCAUUGCAACUCUCCUCUGCUCUGGCUGUAAACAAACUCACACCCAUCCGCCCCCCAGCUUUUUAUCACAGACUGAUCAGAAACAGUGGCCUUGCCACAGGUUUUUGUGGGUGGACAUAUAGCCCCAUGGUGGGAUUCUUUCAAAACAUCUCAAAUUGUAAGAUUUUUUUUUCCCCUCCCAAUGUUUGUUGUUUGCCCCUUCUGCCCUGAUACCAAAAUCUUACCGUUUAGUAUGUGAUUCACUUUUUUGUUAACCUUUCUCAAUGAUGUAGAGUUAAUGGCUUGGCUUUCAAUAAAAAAUGAAAACAGA